UCAUCUACUUUACCUCAACUUCGUAUAGCUGAUCACUGCUUUAUAAAUGCAUGCAGUUUUCUAUUAUAUUUAAGAGCAUCAUCAGAUGGCUUUGCUGCAUUUUCAAUAAUACUAUACAUGAAAAAAAAAAGCAUAAAUAUAUUACCAACCUUAAACAACUAUACAAUCAAUUUAUCAGAAUAAGAUUGAUUGUCAAUCACCCCAAAAACAUGUCAGAAUUAACAUUACUGCAAUAAAUUGGGUUGAAGUCCUAACAAUGGCUUAUCUAACAACUUGGCUACUAAGGUCAAUACUCACAAUCAUAACAAAAUAAUAGUCUUGCCUAUAAUGCAUAAUAGAUCUUUGAAGUUUAUUUUAUGAGGGAAAAGGGACCAACUCUUACACAGGACAAGACUUUCACAAAAGAAAAAAGAAACAAGGAAGAUGAUAGGGUGUUUUGGAGAGCCUGAUUUGGUAAAUCAGAUACAUAAAGAUAGUAUUAAGAGGUAAAGUAUGAGUAAUUUCUCUCAUAUUUUCAAAAACAGAUAAUAAACUCCCAUGUUUACUCUCUUAUUUUCUCUUUUGGCUAUAAAAAACACUCCACAACAGCCAUCAAUAAAAAAUAAAUUAAAAUACAAAUAAAACCAAUAUGAAAUAUAUCCUCUCUCCAACAUUUCUAUCUCUGAAUUGUGCAAUUUUCUUCGACAUUUUAUUAUUAUUAUGAUGCAAUAUUUUAUUUCUUUAUAAAGACAAAAGCAGCUUAAGACCAGAGUGGUCAAACUUACAAAUAAAUACUUUAUUCAGAUGCCCCCCAAUCAAACAAAAGACAUAUAGACAACACACCUUCAUCAAAGCUGAAGCUACAUCAUAAGAAACAUCAACCAGAUCAAACCUACUACAAGGAUCACAAUAAAACAACAAAAGACAAAUAACCAGAAUAUCGUUGAACUCAGCUUCACCACCAUGACCAAAACAUAUUCUGACUAUCCACCACCCUUAGCUGUAAUACUCUCAGAUUUCCAUUCGGGCGUUUACUUAAAUGUCUAAUAUGUGAUUAUUAUCAAACAUGCUUGAAGUUAUUUUAAUAAAAAAAGAGUUUCACUUAAGCUACAAUGGGUUUUUAAUCAUGAAAUUGUUGCAAACUAAUCUGAAAAUGACCACAAAUGCCGCCUUUCCUUUACAGCUCCUGAAUACCUCUUUCCCUACAACCAUGAUUCAUUUGAGAAAUCACGACAAAACCAGUCCAUGCCAUGGGACAUUUCCCUGCCUUUCUUAUUGGUGGAACAAGAGUUACAAGACUUGCCAAAUUUAUUAAAUUCCCUUACAUCCUCAUAAUUUGUGUUAGAUGUUGCCUCAGCUGCAAGUGUAUAUGUGGAAAAAGAAAAUCAUCUUAUCCAAUUUAAACCAUUUUCUUUUCUUUUAUAAAACGAUGAAUACUAUUAAGUUGAUGAUGGUAUAUGCAUGGAAAUCAAGAUCCACCAAUGGGCCCUGACCCGAACCGUUCCCUCUUUUAGAUCCGGCAAAGCAAUUAAGCAAAGAAUAACUAAAAACGGGUUUUCCAAAAAAAAUUCUAUUCCAAAUAUCCUGCAUAAGGUAGGUUGCUUGAUUUGCAUACGUGUCAAAAAUCAAUUUGCUGACUUCACGUGGCACGAAUUGUACAGUGCCAUGAAGAUCUAUAAAAAUCAGCAACAUACGGUUAAAGCUUCGAUUUUUAGUCUUAGAUUUAGGAUUCAGAUUAAAAGAAUAUAUAAGAAAGAAAAGAUUUCCAAUCUGUAAUCAGUGGUAGGGUCCUUUGGAUUGAUGAUAAUGAUGGGGCAUUUUGCGCUUCUUGUCUUCUUAGCGUUCGCGUCGAUGCAGCUUCUCUGCAUUGCCGCUGAUCAUGAUGCUGCGAUUUUUUAUGAUUCAUUUGAAGAGCCAUUCAAUGGGCGAUGGAUCGUCUCUGAUAAAGAUGAUUAUAAAGGUAUAUGGGAGCAUUCAAAGAGUGAAGGGCACGAUGACUAUGGGCUUCUAGUGACCGAGAAGGCACGGAAGUACGCAAUAGUGAAAGAGCUGGAGGAGCCUGUGAAUCUCAGGGAUGGAACCACUGUGCUUCAGUACGAGGCUCGCUUCCAGAAUGGACUUGAAUGUGGUGGUGCAUACCUGAAAUACCUUAGACCUCAGGAAGCUGGGUGGAAGCCUAAGGAAUUUGACAAUGGAUCCCCUUACUCUAUCAUGUUUGGACCUGACAUAUGUGGAUUAACAAACAAGGUGCACUUUAUCCUGAAGCAGAAGAAUCCUAAAUCUGGGGAAUAUGUUGAACAUCAUCUUAUUGACCCACCGCGCGUCCCAUCUGACAAGCUUUCUCAUGUCUAUACUGCCAUCUUGAAGCCUGACAAUGAGAUUAGCAUUCUGAUUGAUGGAGAGGUGAAGAAGAAGGGAAACUUCCUCUCAGCUCAAGAUUUUGAUCCUCCAAUUACCCCUGCCAAGACUAUUCCUGACCCAAAUGAAAAGAAACCCGAGGACUGGGACGAUAGAGUCAGAAUUCCUGAUCCUAAUGCUGUGAAGCCUGAUGAUUGGGAUGAGAAUGCACCCAUGGAAAUUGAAGAUAUGGAGGCUGUGAAACCGGAAGGAUGGUUAGACGAUGAGUCUGAAGAGAUAGAUGAUCCUGAGGCAACCAAGCCAGAAGAUUGGGAUGAUGAAGAGGAUGGUGUAUGGGAAGCCCCCAAAAUUGAUAACCCAAAGUGUCAGACAGCUCCUGGUUGUGGUGAAUGGAAGAGACCGAUGAAGAGGAACCCAGCUUUUAAAGGAAUAUGGAAUCCUCCUCUAGUCGACAACCCCAAUUACAAGGGUAUUUGGAAGCCUAGGGACAUCCCAAACCCUAACUACUUCGAGCUUGACAAGCCUUACUUUGACCCUAUCGCUGCAAUUGGUAUCGAGAUUUGGACAAUGCAAGAAGGUAUAUUGUUUGACAAUAUUUUGAUAGCCAAAGACGAGAAUGUUGCUGAGUCAUACCGGGACACCACAUGGAAACCAAAGUUUGUGGUUGAGAAGGAAAAACAGAAGGCGGAGGAAGAAGCUGCAGGUUCGGAUGAUCUCGGUGGCUUCCAGAAGACCGUCUUCGAUGUCCUAUACAAGUUUGCUGAUAUUCCUUUCUUAAGCAAAUACAAGCUCCAAAUUCUUGACUUCAUUGAGAAGGCUGAGAAACAACCCAACCUCACCAUUGGUGUCCUGGUCUCCAUUGUGGUGGUUAUCUUGACAGCUAUCUUCAUGCUCAUUUUUAGUGGGAAGAAACAACAGCCAAGAGUAGAGAAGAAAACAGAGGCGGCUGCUGAUACAUCAAAUGAUCAAGGAAGCAGUGGAGAAAAGCCAGCUGAAGAGGAAAAGGAGGAGGAAAAGGAGAAUGAAACUGGUGGUGCUGCUCCCCGCCAAAGGAGGCGUGACACUUGAAAGCUUGGCUUGGCUGGUGAUUAUCAGUUUCACUUUUGCGCAGUUUUUUUUUUUUUUUGCGGUUUAGGUGUUUCCGUAGCUGAAACAUUUUUGGUAAUUGUUGAUUUCUGAAUGUUUUUAAUGUAUGAAUGAAUGAAAGGAAAAUUGUAAAUGA